AGUGAUCGAACCUCCGUAGAAUUCAGUAGUGCAGAUAUGUUCAUAGACACGAUGAAAAGUAGUAAAUGCGUUUUAAAGGCACGGUUAUGGUACUAUGGUGUGGCGUUUGCGCACUUGUUUUAUGCUGCCGUAGUUUUGCUGAGUAUUGAUAUGUCGCAGGAUGAGAAUCCAGCUGUUAGCGCUUAUAUUUACAUCAGGUGGCGGCUGUUGACCUCCUGGUUUAAUUUAUUGACUCUAUGCUACUUCCCCAUGUGUCUCUACUGCGAUUGGAUGGAGUUGAAUGGCCGAGGGGAUGAGAAACCGGUGAUGCGUUUGAGACAAAUUAAAGAGAUCCUCUUCACCAGCAUUAUACUGCCCACCACUAUGUACUGCGACAUACUCUUCUGGCGUGUGUGGCACAAAGACCCCAGUCUCAUAGCACCGGUGGCAAUAUUCGAAUACCUUCCUCACUGGACGCAUCAUUCGCUCCACUCCUUCUCCGGCGUGACGGUCCUCAUAGAUUUGUUGAUUGUGCCCAGACGAAGGCCUGCUAAGCUCCUACCAGGCAUGGCGUUGACUACAGCCUUUGUGACUAUAUAUGCAUGCAUGGUGGCCAUAACCUAUGCAAAUGGUGUUGCCGUAUACUCAGUGUUGAACGUUUUUGACAGUUUCAAGAUCACUCUUCUAAUGAUAAUGUCCUACAUCGAACAUUAUUUUUACUACACGCUGCAAUGGUGCAUUGUAGAUGUAGUAUGGAAAAACAGAGUAUAUACAGAAAAAGUACAUAGCAAUUAAAAUGUAUAAAACUAGUCAUAAAUUAAGAAUAAGAACUCACUCUUUUCAACUUGUAUUUAACAUUGUGUUAUCUUCUCUUUUUAACUUAGAUUUCACAUAGUUAAUAAUAUUUAGGAAUCUAUAAACACAUCUUCAAAUACCAACGACAAAAUUAGGUGAAAAUAUCUUAUAUACUAUUUGUUAGAUUACUGUGGAUGGGCACACACUAUAAAAUAUAAAUAUAAAAUAAUUUGAGAACUGUGAUAAUUUAAUCUUAAUAUAUAAUUUAAUUAGUGUUAGUUGAUUUUUAUGGUAAAGUUGACAACUUGUAUUGUAUUUUCUCGUGUUUGAUUUUGCGCGAGUAUUAUACAUUUAGAAAUUAAAGACUUUUAAACGGAUUUUAAACUCGAUUAUUCAUUAUAUUAUUAUUAACCCGACGUUUCGAACACUUUACAGCGAGCGUGAGAGUGACCACUUCUUCUUAUAUGUAUUAUAUGUCGUCUUCUUGUAUGUAACAUAAGAUAAUUUUUUUUUCUAAUUCGUGUCCACUUAUCUGUUGUUCGACUUCCGACUGCAAAAACUACUGAAGGUAUUUUGAUGAAACUUUUUUCAUAAAAUACCAAUUUUUAGCUCUGUGCGAAUUACUGCCGAUAUGUCAUUUAGACUGGACUAUAAGAUUUUAGUUAAAAGUAUACACCUACAUAAACCUUUAAAAUCCCAGUAUUAUUCUGUGUUUAUAUGAUAUACAUUUGAACCAGAAGUUACAUGUUAAGAUACACCAGAAGUUUAAAAAGGGCACAGAGGUAAGGAUAGAAACAUUAUGUACGAAGGGA